AUGAUUCCGAUCAUAUUUAUAUUAGUGUUUGGCAGAACAGAUGCCUUCUUCAAAACAGUGCGGACGAAAAGCCACUGUGAUUUUUUACCCACGCCGAGGAAUGGAUUCCAAAAUUGUACAGGCAAAGAAGAAAAGGGACACAGAAUCGGCUCGAAAUGCAAUUUUACAUGUAAAAAGGGGUUUGAAAUCAAUGGAACGACGAGGACAAGCUGUAAUAAAAAAGGCGACUGGACUUCGAGGAUCAUUCCUGAAUGUAUAAACAGCAAGAACAUCCUAAAACCAGUGGAGACGCCGCUGUACGAAAAAGCAUUUAAACCGACUUUCGACACCGACGAUAUGGUGAAAUUUCUCCAAUACAUCCUCAACAAUCCACAGACAAACACCCAGCAUGCUUUCAAUGCCUUCAUCGACCGUGAUUUGGACAUGUCCGAACCAGUAGAGCCAGAAGACGAUGGAACGCCUGAUAUUCGAGAAAUGGAAAUUCCAGUCAUUGAAGCUAAAGACCCAAGAAUCUAUGAUGAUGAAGAAGAUUAUCAAUCAAAAGGAUUUGACGACUAUAACAUCGACGUUACAGAUGACAUGAAAAAUGUCCUCUACGGCACUAGCUUCAGAGAAGACGAGCCAAUCACAACCAGUCCAACAGCUGCACCAACGAUUGAGAAAACAACGCCUCAAACAACCACUACUACGCAAGGAAAAAUCGCCACGCCGAAUGUCGUCUUAUCCACCCUCGAAUCCGAGUACUUCUCGUUGUCUUGGGAUAGAGUACCAGAAGCGCAUUCCUACGAAUUGAUGUUGUUUGACACAUCGUCCAAUGCUGUCCAGGAAGUUUUCACCACGGAAGAACAAUUCUAUGUAUUUACGGAAAUGGCGCCAGAAACGAAAUACAAAGUUAUGGUCCACGCAGUUGAUAAAGAUGGCGAAAGAUCUUUGGCUUCAGUACAAUCGAUCGUAACAAAACCGCCACCGCCGGAAGUAAAAGUAGACAAUCUCAGCCCGACGAAGAUAAGAGUCAAUUGGAGCAGGCUCAAACAGGCAGUUAGCUAUUUGGUUACAGUGAAGACUGCUUCUGGAGAAAUCCAUGACAAUACCUUCGAAUUCCCAACUUACGACUCCGCCGAGAUCACCGACCUCUCACCUGACACCGACUACACUGUUGAAGUCGACGCAAUUCUCCUUGACAACGUUUCGGUCGCCACAAUUGUCGAUCACCGAACCGCCCCCGCCACUCCUGUUCAUAUCACAAAUCUUUCCACAACUUCGAAUUCUAUUUCUGUUAAUUGGUCCCCUGCUCUCGGCGCGACCAAGUACAAUGUCGAAGUCGUUCAAAACGGAAUUCCAGUUGAUUCGAAAAUCAUUCCAGCUUCUCAAUCGUCUGCUUCUAUCGAGGGGCUCAGUGCUUAUACAGAAUAUGAUAUCUUCGUCAAAGCUUUUUUCAACCCAACUCUGUUCACUUCUGAACAAGCUACUAUUAUCACAAGAAGUACUUCUCCGUCUGUUACAAAAACAGAAGUGACUGACUCCAGCAUCUUUCUAUCUUGGACCGCUUCUCCAGGCUCAAUCGGAUACACCCUCAAGAUCGCGGAAGCAGCUGCCACUUCCUCACCACGUCUCAUCACAACAACAGACACCUCAAUCACUCUCAACGAGCAAAUUGAACAGUACACAGAUUACCGGGUCACAAUCACGGCAAAUUUCGCAGCUGGUCACGUGGAUUUGUCCACCGAAGUGGACGUUAAAACGGACCCCGCCGCACCUGAGCUAACUAUCAGCGAAGUGGGGACUCACGAAGUCCAAUUUUCUUGGAGCCAAGUGCCUGGCGUCGAGGAAUAUUCAACGAAAUUGAUUCAAAACGCUCAAGUCAUCGACGAGUAUACCAUCAGUGCGACCACGAAUACAUUCCAAUUCAAGAAUCUGAAUGUUUGGUCGGCUUAUACAAUUACUGUCACAGCCAAGACGCCUUCUAAAUCAUUCACCGGGUCUGCCGACUUCCGAUCAUUAUCAAUCGCACCUGUGCUCUCUGUGGUGGGAACAAGCUCGAGUUCAGCCUCAAUCAGCUGGACCUCGCUCUCCGGCCUCGCUGGGGAUUAUUCCGUCACCAUUUCACCUGCCGAUAAAUCUGCCCCAGCAAAAAGCGUUUCCACUGCUGAGAAUUCCGUGGAAUUUUUCGAUUUAGAGGCGUUUACAUCUUACCUCAUCGAACUUUCUUCUAUCACACAAGAUGACCUUGUCUACGAAUCAAGCCUUGAGCUCAUUACAGACCCUAAUAAUCCCGAAUUAACCCUCGAGUCAACUGAUAGCACCUCGGCCCUCCUAACAUGGUCAAAGGUGCCUUCCGCGGCGAAGUAUUCAGUCACAAUUGCAGACUCAAUCGGAUCUGUCGUUCAUCGAGCAGAAAUUUCUCUCGCCCGGUACUCCGCUGAAAACUUAACUCCAUUCCGUCAUUACACUGUCACAGUCGAUGCUCAUUAUAAUGGAAAAUUAUUGUCCUCAUCGCUUGAUUUCGUGACUGACCCUGAAUCUCCAACCCUUACGCUUUCCGACAUCACCCCCAUCUCCGGCCAAGUCAGCUGGCUUGCCGUUCCCGGAGCAGAAUCUUACAUUGUUACUUGCAGAAAACCAAAUGGCAAAGCCGCGGAAACUGUCACAAUUCCAGCGGAAGGACCACACACCUACUCCGCCCUCAAUCUGGACCCCGAUUCAACAUUUUCUGUCACUGUCGAAGCUGUUAAGGGCGAUAAAACAUUCCCCGCUACUAUUUCGCUUAGGACAAGUGCUAUUCCGGGCAUUAGUUCUGUCGGAGUGACGAGCAUUCGAUCAACCUCGAUAAACGUUUCUUGGGAAGUAGUGAACGUCAGUGGACUCCUUCCAAUCGCGUCUAAAGUGAUCUACUUCACAGAAACUAGCAAGAGAAAAUCAGUAGAAGUCGAAGCUGGAGUUGCUUCAGUCGAGCUCUUGGAUCUCUUCCCCGAAUCAUCUUACACGAUCGAGGUCGUGCAAAUCUUCCCCUUUGGAACCUCCGAUGCUCUAACCACUGGCGCCGUGACUGCUCCUCUUCUCGCAAACGUUCAAGUUGAAGACAUCCUCUCUCGCUCGGCUCAACUCACCUGGACGGCCUUAUCCUCCGCCAAGAGUUACGUAAUCAACGUUGAGCCUGAGCUCCGCGGCGCCCAAAAUCCCAUUCAAGUUUUCACCAACCACUUCACUUUGAAUGACUUGGAUGUUGCUACCGAAUACACUUUGUCGAUUUAUGCCGAGUUUGCUAACGGUGUCGCGACGGAUUUGGUCGAUCAAGUGAAGCUUACGACGGCGCCAGAGCCUCCUGUUCUGCUUGUAGAUGACAUCACUUCUACUUCUAUGAAACUUGCAUCAACAAGCGUAAUCGGAGCUAAGAAAUAUGAAGUCGUUUACUUUCCUGCUGCGGAGCCAGAAAUAGAUACAGAAGUUAUCUUGCACAGUGAUGGAGUGGACAAGAUCAUUUCCGGAUUAGAACCGGAAACAGAGUUCGUUUUCAAAAUAAGAGCGGCGUUAGAAGGCAAAAACACCGACUGGGUUGAAGCGCGAUAUACAACAGCGCCAAUUGGAGCGGAUCUCUGGUUCGAUCACAUUCGCUCCACCUCGCUCAUUGUCCACUGGGCCCCGAUUGAAAAUGCCGAGUCCUACGUCUUGACGAUUUCUGGCAUCGGAGAACUUGUCUUUCCCGCCGACAAGCACUCAGCAACGAUUUCUGAUCUCGAACCAAACAGUGAAUAUGAUUUCCACUGGGUUGCCAGAAUGAGCUCUGCCACGACGGAUCCCUCUUUGGCCAGUCAGAUCACUGCACAUAAGCCGCCGCAAAUGUCUUUUUCCGACAUUCGCUCGACCUCGAUGGACAUUUCAUGGGACGAUAAUGACAGUUGUAGUGACUACACUUUGGCCAUUCUUCCAGUCGCUGACCAGCGAAUAGAACGAAGUCGAACAGCUUUUUCUAUCCUAAAAAUGAAGCCUGAUACAAUCUACUCCAUCUCCAUCAUCUGCAACGUCGGCUUCGGCCAAACAGAUGAGCAAGUCGUCAUGGUCAAGACACAAGUCCCCGCGCCAGUGGUGAAACAAAACGACCUGAGAUCAUCCUCAGCGAAAAUCAGCUGGUCCAAACGGGCAGAAUACGAGCUGUACUCGAUUACUCUUGUGCCAAGCGGCAAAAACGAUGUAAUUACUGACAACGAAAUUUCGUACGAAGGUCUUGAUGAGGACACCGAAUACACAGUUACAAUCAGCACUCAAUCUUCAGGAGGAUUCACCGACGACGUCGUUUUCACCUUCCAAACAGCCCCAGCAGCGCCGACCAUCUAUUUUGAUUCGAUUCGAUCGACUGAAGUCGCUUUCAACUGGCCAUCACAUGAUCGAGUGGAGUUUUACAAAGUUCAGAUAACGCCCUCCCUUGUCAACGUGCCCAAGAAGAUUAUGACCAACGAGCUUGUCAUCUUUGGACUGCCUGCGGAUUCGGACUUUGUUAUAGACAUUAUCGGCGUCGGAAACGGAUUCGAAACCGACAUGUCGGUCGAAACAUUCAAAACAGCUCCUUCUCCACCAGAAGUGUCUGUCAGCGCCGUCCGCACAGAUGAAUUCACGAUAAGCUGGAGCGAGGUUGUCAAUGCGUCUUUGGUGGAGAUUGCUGUCGUUCCAGCUCCUGAUCUUUCGGGAGAGGGGGUUUUUCAGCUGGAUGCUGCUGAUGGACAGUUUGUUCUUGAAAGAUUAGAUGCUGAAACUGUCUAUCACGUUAGCGUAAAGGCUAUCAUCGAGGCGGUUACUGUCACAGACAGUAUUCAACUAAACCAGCUUACCGCUCCACUUCCACCUGUUGUUUACACCACGGAAAUCCGCACAAGUUCGAUGAACGUCCAGUGGUCGACCAUUCCAGAAGCAGCACAUUAUGUUUUAGACGUCUAUCCCCGUCCCGAGUCGCUUCCUGGCAGUGAGCCCUUUGAGCUACUCGAAAGUUCAAUUCUUCUAACAGAAUUGCGGGCGGAAAUUCGCUACGAAAUUACAGUCUGGGCCGUGCUCAUCUCUGGCUCAACGACUAAUGAAGCUGUUAUUUCCCAAACAACGGCGCCACCGGCUCCGAAGAUCAUCCUCAAAGAAGCGCGAACCACAAUGGCCUCAUUGAUCUUCACUCCCAUCAAAAACAGAGUAGAGUAUCAAAUAACCGUCGAUCCGCCUAUUGCUGGAAAUUCCGAUUUCUCCAGGAUAGAAACGAGCCUCAAAUUAAUCGGCACCCGCCCUGAUGUCGAUUACACAGUCACAAUCGUCGCCCACCUCCAAGGAAAGUCUACCGACAGUACGAGCCUCACCUUUACCUCUGCUCCCCCCGCCGUCGUUGCAACGAGCAAGGACAAGCGAUCCACAUCGAUCAGAAUCAACUGGGAUCCAGUUCCACUCGCGCAUCGCUACUACGCUGAGAUCACUCCUCCAACGACUUCUGGAAUCUCACGAAUCCCAAUUUACACAAAUUUCGUGCAACUAUCCGACCUCAACGAAGACACUGCUUACAACAUGACAAUCACGGCUGUAUCCGCUCGCUCCACGUGGACCACUGACGAUCAUCUUUGUUCAUUUUCUACUGCGCCCAAGAUGUCAAAAUUAACGACAAGUGACGUCACUUCGCAUGCCAUGAAGCUUUCUUGGACAGAAGUCGAGCAUAUUCACAUGUACCGGCUUGAAUUCUCACCUUCUAUCGGUGGCGCCAAAUAUGAAGAAUCAACAGAAACGUUCAUCGACAAUUUCUCCCCCGACACAGAAUAUGAAAUUUCUAUCGUUGGAAUCGGAGAGGACUUUGAAACCGACCCCUUCCGCCUCAAGCGAUUCUCAGCUCCUCCAGCUCCAAUCCUCAGUUUCCCAUCAAUCAAGUCUCGUCGACUCGAUCUUGCAUGGAAUUCCCUGCCAGAUGAUUACUACUGGAUUGUGAAUAUUUAUCCAGUUCCAGCUGGUCAUGAAGAUACCUGGCCCUUGAAAACAUCGGAUACCACUUUUACUGCGCUGGGUCUUGAGCCGGAAAGCGAGUACAGCUUUACUAUUAGAGCUGUUUCCGAACAACGGGCGACUGAUUUGACAACGAUUGCACAAGAAACAGCCCCUCUUGGACCACCAAUCAAGGUGCCAAACCAGACGGUCCGUACCACUUCAGCCGUGGUCGAGUGGGAGGAAAUUCCCACCGCCAUCUCUUACAAGGUGUUCGCCAAAUCGCUCAACUCUGCCGCCUACGAUGUGCACUACACGACAUCUGCGAUCAGUCACGUGCUGCAGGAUUUGCAAGCGCUUGAGGAAUACGAAGUCUCGGUUCUCGCCUUGCUCAUUGGAAAUGGAGUCACUGAUGUGUCUAUUACGACGUUUACGACAGCACCCGAGCCGCCAACUUUUGAAGUUGUUCGGGCGAGGGUCAAGAGGGACUCUACCGUGCAUGUUAAUAGUACAUGGUCAUCGAUAACUGAUGACGAUGAAUAUUAUAUCAACAUGUCACCGCCAACAGGAAGUUUCAAGAGCCAACACGUGACCAAGGGCAACGAUCAAUUCCUCAUCACCGGAUUAGCUCUCGGACGGCCUUAUCGCUUCGGAAUUUUCGCCAAGUUGCCAGACGGAAAACGGACAGACGUCCGCUCAGUUGUUUAUCAGACUCCUUCGAGUCCGCGAUGCUACGAAUGCUCCUCUGUCCGUGAUCCAAAGGACUGUACUGCCGAGGUUGCAUGUCCACUCAACUCUGGCUACAGUUGUAUGACAUUCGACCGACGCGAAAACGGCCGAAGAAUGCUCACUCGAGGUUGCAAGAAGCGCGACGCCUGCGAGACGCAGCGAAAAUCGCACAAGUGCAAUCCUCGCUGGCAGCAUGCAUGUGUUUUGGUCGGUUGCUGCAACGAUGACUUGUGCAACGAGGGAAAUAGACUCAACUAA